AUGGGCUUUGAGCGGAAGUACGUCUCCAAGUUGGUUCCGGCCAACUUGAAGGUGUUGUCUCCGUUGCUGCUUGCGGUGGCCAUUGUCAACUCGGCUACACUCGGAUACGAUGCCUCUGUCAUGAAUGGUCUCUUGAUACUCCCUUCCUACACCGAGUAUUUCCAUCUCACGACAGCUACCGAGGGCCUCAAUAAUGCUGCGUCAUGGAUAGGAGGCAUCAUUGGAGCUUUCCUGAUGCAGCCGGUCCCGGACUACUUCGGUCGCCGGCGAGCUAUCCUUGUAGCCUCCGUCAUCACAGUUAUCGGAAUCAUCCUGCAAGCCGCUGCUCAGAACAUCGCCAUGUUCGUCAUUGCCCGAAUGAUCGUCGGUAUUGGCUCUGCUAUCAGCAACGGUGCUGCUCCGACUCUCCUGGGAGAGCUGCUUCCUCCGCAUAAGAGAGGGCGAAUUCUCGGACUUUUCUUCUCCUGCUUCUACGUGGGAAGUCUCGCAUCAGCCAUCGUCAACUACGGCAGCCAGAACAUUCAGAACACCUGGUCCUGGCGUCUUCCGUCUCUUCUGCAGUUCGUUCCGAGUCUCCUCGCUGUGGUACUUGUACCGUUCAUUCCCGAAUCUCCCCGAUGGUUGAUCGCGAACAACCGCAAUGACGAAGCUUUGGAAGUGCUCGUCAUCAUGCAGGGCGAGGGAGUCGAGGACAUGCAACAAGGUCGAGAAAGCCUGCACGAGAUCAGGGCCAUCAUGAAGAAGGAAGAGGAGGAAUACCCGCGGAAUCCAUGGCGAGAAAUCGUGUCGACGCCUGCCAAUCGGAGGCGUCUUGCUAUUCUUUGCACCUUUGGUCCAAUAAUCAAUAUGUUUGGCAACUUCAUCAUCUCGUUCUAUCUAACCAAGAUUCUUGACCAAGCAGGCAUCAAAGACACAGUCAAACAAACUCAGAUCCAGGUCAUCUUGAACUGCUGGUCAUUUGCAGUGGCCAUAUUUGGAAGUUUUAUGCUGGAUGUUCUUGGUCGACGCAUUCAGAGCUUCAUUGGCAUAGCCGGCAUGUCCGCGACUCUCUACAUCAUUGGCGGGUUGAUUAAGACAUACGGCGAGAGCACCAAUCAAUCGGGUAUUUAUGGCAACAUUGCCGUCAUCUUCCUGUUUCAGGGGUUUUACGCCUUCUCAAUCACGCCGAUGACCAGUCUGUACCCCACAGAGGUCUCCCAAUACAAGCUUCGAGCCACUGGCAUUGCCAUCUUCCGAAUGCUCGACGCCGGCUUUGGUCUACUUGCGUCUUUCUGCAUGGCGUAUGCAAUGGCAGACCUUGGAUGGAAGUUUUACUUCAUCAACGCUUCAUGGAACGCAUUGUUCCUUGUCGUUGCUUACUUCACGUUCGUGGAAACAAAGGGACUGAAGUUGGAAGAGAUUGCCGCCAAGUUCGAAGGACCCAGGAUACUCGAAGCUAUUGCCGAAGACUCGGUCUCACAGGACACAGGCCUCGACACAAAACAUCCCAUGAAUGCCGAUGCCAAGGCGGCAGCGUGA